CGGUGGGUAUCGAAACGUUCCAAACAAAAGUGAUAUUUCGUGACGGGGAAAAAUCAAGACACGAAAGAAACCCAGAAAAGGAAAAAUCCCAACAAACCGGUAAUAUGAUGAUGAACAAAGAACAAAAGAGAAAGCCAGAUGCAUCGCUCGGGGUCGUGGGACACACUUGAUGAUUAUAUAUCUAUCACCGCUCAAGUCUGUGCUUUCGCCUACCUCGCCUAUGCCCUUGAAAAGCACUGGCGGUGACAGGCAACGGGGGCGCUUGCGAACUCGAGGAAGAAAUGGGGCGCAUAUUGACCCACCUCAUAUGCCCCCCAUCUCCAUAGUAGGGAUCAAGGAUAAUAGAUAAUGGGUACAAGGGAGGGUAGGAGGGUGUGUGGGGCGCAUGCAUGUGCAGUCGUCGAGGGAGAUGGGCCAAUCGAGUCGAGUCGGGCUUGUCAACAUGUUGAAGAUGGGGAGACUCAGGAGCUUAGGCAGAGGGGCCACACCACGUAAUUUGUUUCAUCAGUUGGGCAGGAAAACAGCACGAGAAGGCCGACGCUGGGGAGGCGCCAGGAGGGACGCCGCACACCUGCUUUGCGAGCACGAGACGGUGAGAGCAGCGCGAUGGUCAAGCUACGGCGGUUAGAUUGCUGUUACUGGCUGUGAAUGCUGGGAUAUGGGAAUUUUU